AUGGAGCUCCACGGGUUCGCCGAUGCCUCGGAGCGGGCCUACGCGGCGGUGCUCUUCCUGCGGGUUGAGACCGAUGAGGGAGAGAUUCAGGUGUCUUUACUGCAGGCCAAGACGCGAAUGGCGCCGUUGCAACAGGUCUCGCUACCGCGGUUGGAGUUGUGCGCGGCGUCGCUCCUGGCACGCGUCGCGGAGCGAGCGGCGAGACUGCAUGGCAUGCCUUUGGAGCGCGUUCAUCUGUGGUCCGACUCCACGGUGGCAUUGGCGUGGAUACGGGGCCACCCUUCAAGGUGGACAACCUAUGUGGCCAACCAGGUUGCCAACGUGCAGCGAGCAUUGCCGGGCGCUCGCUGGCAUUAUGUGCCCGGAGAGGAGAACCCGGCUGACUGUGCGUCACGUGGACUCUCGCCGGGCGACCUGGUGCAUCACUCCCUGUGGUGGCGAGGAUCAGCGUGGCUUGGGGUCGCAGAUCGCCGCUGGAUCAACGAGUCGCCCCCGCCAGAGCCGGACGAGGAGUCGCCGGAGCAGCGCGUGCGGGCGCACGUCGCGGUCGCGCAAGACAAUCCGGAGCUCUUGCUUCGGUUUUCCGGGCUCCAACGCUUGCUGCGAGUCACUGCCUGGUGUCGCAGAUGGCUGAACGCAGGGCGCGCCAACAGGGGGGGGGAAGGAAGCUCUGUUGCAGGCACGCUGUCACCCGGGGAACUCGAGGAGGCUGAGCAGACAUGGAUUGCUGUGGUGCAAUCCGUCUGGUUCGCGACUGAACUAAAGGCUAUCACACGAGGAGAAGCAGUGCCGAGGCGAAGUAAUCUUCUGCGAUUGAGUCCAUUCCUCGACGAGCAUGGCCUGCUCAGGGUCGGAGGGAGACUCAAAUGUGCAAUCCUGAGUCGUGACGAGAGGCACCCGAUCAUCCUGCCACGAGAAUCCCGCCUAACCGCUCUCGUGGUGGAUGCCUACCACCGACGAAUGUUGCACGAUAGAACGCAGUUGACACUCGGCUCGCUGCGUCAACGUUUUUGGAUCCCGGGCGGGAGAGCGGCGGUGAGGCACCAUAUCUACCGCUGCCUCCCGUGCGUGCGAUGGCGGGCGGCGACCCCGCGCUCACUGAUGGGCAACCUAUCGUCUCCGCGAGUGCGCAUAUCACGGGCAUUCGCCAACACCGGCGUGGACUACGCAGGCCCUAUAUGGCUGAGGACGUCGAAGGGUCGGGGCCACAAAGCCCACAAAGGCUUUCUGGCUAUUUUCGUUUGCCUAAGCACUCGGGCCGUGCACUUGGAGGUGGUCUCGGACUACACGACCGAGGCGUUCCUGGCCGCCUUCCAACGCUUCGUGUCUCGACGAGGCCUUUGUAUCACGCUGUAUAGCGUGAUCAAGGGACCAACUUUGUGGGAGCGGACGCGCAGUUGCAGAGUCUCUUCCGCGAGGCAGCCCGACAACGCCAUAUCGCCAACGUCCUCGGGGCCGAGGGCGUGCGAUGAUGAUCCUGAAGACCUCACGGCACUCACUCCGGGACACUUCCUCGUGGGUGCUGCGCUAAACGCAAUCCCGGAGCCAACGCUCGCAGGAGAACCAACCAACCGCCUAUCGAGGUGGCAACUCCUGCAAAAAAUGAGAGACUAUUUCUGGGAUAGAUGGUCCCGCGAAUACUUGCAGACCCUCAAUUCUAGAUCAAAGUAG